AUGUCCUACGCUAUCCAGCGUCAUACAAUUAUCUACGCGACCACAUAUGAUGAGCCAGUGGCACACAAAAAUCAGCCAGCUCUUCAGAUAACCACCACGCCCCUGCCCCCACGGAACUCUCAGGCUUACAUUCCAGCUGGCCAGAGACCUGUGUCUUACACUCCUGGAUGUAAUACGCAAGGAAAGACCAAUCCCAGUCCACAGAACACUCGGUACAGCGUUCCUGCCAAUUCGUUUAGACAGAGUCGUUUUGGAGUAACUUCCCCUACUACCAAUCGUAUUCUCUUCUAUGACAAGGACAAGCCUUUCUAUUUUUUCACCAAUUUUUCGGCCCAUCCUGUCGUCUACAAUGGCGAAAGGUACCCUACAAGCGAGCACCUUUUCCAAUCUUUCAAGUUCGAACAUCGUCCCAGUCUCGCAAAGCACAUUAGAACAUGCUCCGAAAGACCGAGCGUGGCGUUCUCUGAGGCUCGACGAUUUCAGCCGGAAGUUCGCCCUGACUGGAAGGCAGUGAACAUCAGCAAGAUGGAAGUUGCUCUUUACCUCAAGUUCACGCAGCACAAUGAUCUAAAGCGUGAAAUCCUUGCGACAGGAGAUGCAGAGCUUGUCGAGGACUCACCCAAAGAUGCCUUUUGGGGCGUGGGGCUUGACGGGCGUGGUCGAAACGAGCUUGGUAAGGCUCUCAUGAGGAUCAGAGAGCGUAUUCGACAGGGCGAAUGA